AUGGCCGUCAAGACGUAUCUUGCGUGCACUUUGGCGCUGCUUUUGUCUUCUUUAGGGAACGCUGUCGUUGUGCCUGCCUUUGUUGCGGUUCCGUCUCUGUCGGGCGGUUCGAGCUUGGUUGUUACAUCCGCCAGCUCUGUCGGCUCUGCUACUCCUGCCAGCGAGCUUGUUAGCUCUACCGCCUCGUUGAGCUCUACCGCCUCGUUGAGCUCUACCGCCUCGUUGAGCUCUACCGCCUCGUUGAGCUCUGCCAUCUCAUCAAGCUCUACCGCCUCGUUGAGCUCUACCGCCUCGUUGAGCUCUGCCAUCUCAUCAAGCUCUAUCAUCUCAUCAAGCUCUAUCAUCUCAUCAAGCUCUAUCAUCUCAUCAAGCUCUACCGUCUCAUUGAGCUCUAUCAUCUCAUCAAGCUCUACCACCUCGUUGAGCUCUGCCAUCUCAUCAAGCUCUGUCAUCUCAUCAAGCUCUAUCAUCUCAUCAAGCUCUACCGUCUCACUGAGCUCAUCUGUCUCACCGAGCGCUUCGGCUGCUGCGUACCUCCUCACCUGCGAAGGAAAGGAUGCGGGCUCCACGUUCACGCACACGACUUCGAAAGGGACCUAUGACGUUACUUGCGGCGCGGACUACCCCAACGGCGACCUCAAGUUCCUCUGGACCGACUCCUUCGACGCUUGCGUGGCUGCUUGCGACGAGGAAAGCAGCUGUCUCACUGUUGCAUUCCGAUCCGGUGCCUGCUACUUGAAGAACCAGUUGACCACUUCGGUGUCCGAUGCGGGCAUCUGGUCGGCAAAGAAGCAUGAUGCGGUUACCACCCCGAGCAGCACUGGUCCGACCUGUAUUGACAAGGCGAGCGAUGCUACUACGUACCGCUCCUCGAGUGGAAAGAACUUCAAGAUCGUUUGCGGGAGAGAAUACUACGGUGGUGACCUGACUUCCGCUAGCACAACCUCCUUCAAGGAGUGCAUCGACACUUGCGCCACUACGGCUGAGUGUGUUGAUGUAUCCUAUGUCAAUGGCGCAUGCUACCUCAAGCGCUCCACAUCCACCCUUAUGGACGCUGGCCAUGUUUGGACUGCGGAAUUGAUCGACCUGGCCUCAACCACGACCUCAAUGGCUUCGACCGCCUCCGCAGCUCCUACCACCUCGGCUGCUACCGAGAAGAAAGAGCUUACAUGCAUCGACGGCAAAGACAACCAAAAGUCGUAUGUUGCUGCAAACGGUGGCACUUACGUUGUCGAAUGCGGAGUGGACUACGGGGGCAACGAUCUACAAGCCAUCGACUCGCCAACAUUUGCUGCCUGCAUGGACACUUGCGAUAGCACAGAUGGCUGCGUAGACGUGUCUUACGUAUGGGGCCGCUGCUACCUCAAGAGCUCGGCAACAUCCAGCUCCCCGGCUGGUUAUGUCUGGACUGGUCGCAGGACAAGUGCUGGUCCUUCCGAUACCGAAGUCCUGUCUGCUCUGAACCAGGAUGGAGGCAGCUUUUGCACGUCGUACAUUAACUACAAAGCACCUGUAACAACCAAAGUCACGACGACCACCCCCGGCGCUUCGACCGUCCUGUCUGUUCGGACUGAGAGAUCUACAUCCACCAAGUUCUCCACCGCUUACAUCACGUCGCUCGCGAUUCAGACUCUGCCUGCCCUCGAGCCCCGACAAGCCAUUCCAACGCCUUCGGUCGUCUCCGGAUUGCCCGCCACACGGAUCUCUAGCAUGUGCUCUCUGGUGGCUACGGGUACUUCAACAGUGGUAUCGACUGCCACAGCAAGUGUUGCGCCGACUAUACUAGUUUCAACCCUGACGACUGUCGUUCCGGUUACACGAUACACCGCAGUCACUACAGUUGUCACCAGUACGACAAGAGCUCCCAACCCGACCGCUGCCGUGAACCUGGACUUCGAGACCGGCGACCUGUACGCUUGGCGCCCAUACGCCUCUCGAGACUUCUCGGCCGCUGUGGUAUCUCCCGGACAUGUGCGGAGCGGCGUGACCUCCAACUGGGCGGUUCAGAUGUCUAAGAAAGCAGGUACAACGACAGGGUACAGCUUCUACGAGCUCCAACAGAAUGCGCCCAACCUUGCAGCCGGGCAGACGUACCGCAUCGAGUUCAGCUGGAAGUACAGUGCCGACGUUGGGUCGAGCGACGUGUGCAGCACCUGGGUCGCGCUGUGGGGUGUUGGCAUUGCCAAUGUAAGUCGAACUGCCAAACCCGCACGAUAUCGCCUUGCUGACACGUCUCCCUUAGCUUAUUCCUUCCACCACCUCCUCGCGACUCAGCAACGAGCACAGCCUGUACUCUACCACGAAAUGCGGCACUGCUACCAGUUUUGCGUCGGCCAAACAGGCGCCGCAGCAGCCUGGAGAAUGGCGAAGGUACACUGUGUACUACCGGGCGCCAACUUACGUUCUAAACAACUUGAAGCAGAUUUGGUUUGGCCUGCAGUGUAA